CACGUGAGUUGGGGAAGCAUUCGACUGUGUUUCCGGGAUCGUUCCUUGUUGCUUCGUGGUCCUGUUCCUGCAGGAGAGGAGAGGAGAGAGACACGGCGGGACAGACAGACAGGAUGAUCGAUAACCCUAACCCUAUCAAUAACCGUCUCAAGCACCUGUGACGUCAUGUCCAAACAGAGGAGCUCUGCUAAAACUCUGAUCAUCACAGACGCAGAUGAGCAGCUGGAGGCUGAGGAGCUGAACCCGUUCUCCUUCAGAGAGUUUCUUCGCUGGAAGAACCAGGACCCAGAACUGGACCAGGACCAGGACCAGGACCAGGAACUGGACCAGGACCAGGACCCAGAACUGGACCAGGACCAGGACCCAGAACUUGACCAGGACCCAGAACUUGACCAGGACCAGGAGAGCGAGAGGUUACUUGACGGCGGCUACGUGACCUUUGACCCCUCAGUCAGCUGUUUCUGUCCGGAGGAGGAAUGGGGGCGGGGCCUCCAGUGUGGUGUUGACAGCACCUCCUCCCUCUGCACAGAGGAGGAAGAAGAGGAGGGGGAGGAGGAGGAGGAGGAGGAGAGGACCAGGUUCUCCUCCAAACCUGAAGUCCAGCCAGGAGGAGGGGGAGGAGGAAGAGGAAGAGGAGGAAGAGGAGGAGGGGAAGGAAGAGGAGGAGGAAGAGGAGGAGGGGGAGGAAGAGGAGGAGAUAACUAUGAAGGAGACGAUGAGACGUCUCUUUCUGUCUCUGAAGCCAGCAUCUCCUGCAGCCAGAUACAGCAGCUGCAGGAGGAGAACUUGUCUCUGAGGAGGUCUCUCAGGGAGCAGCAGAGGAGAUCAGAGGCUAGCGAACGCAGGGUGCGGGAGCUGUCGGAGGAGCUGCUGCAGCGGAGGCGUCGGGAGGAGAAGGAGGCGCAGGACCUGGAGAGCAUGGUUCAGUCUGUGGAGCAGAACCUCAGCCUGAUGACGAAGCGAGCGGUGAAAGCAGAGACCUGUGUUUCCAAACUGAAGCUGGAUCUUCAGCAGCUGCAGAUGGAGAAUGACAGUCUGAAGGCAGCAGAGUCUGAGGUUGUCAUGACGAUGAGACGCAACGCUCAGGUAGCGUCAGAGUACCUGAACAAGACGGCGAGCCACGCCCACUCCUCCAUCAGCCGUCUGUUGGGAGAAGCAGAGACUCUGUGUCUCGUGUCUCAGCUGCUUCAGUCCAUUGAUAAGAUCUCAGACCUGGACCCAGAGUCCUGAAGUCCUGCACACGCUCAGACUGCUCCGGACCCGGUCUGGUCCGGCCCGCUGGACGUCUCCACGGCAACACGUCUCCACACCAACACGUCAACACGGCACACCUCAGCACGUGGUCCUGCUACAACAUGAAGCUGGAGACUGGCUGUAGCUGCACUUCUACCAAUACACUAAAUGCUUCUGAACCAAUGGGAUGGCUCCAUUUCUGAACACUGUCCACGUGUCCUGUACCACAUGUCAUGCUGUUAGGACAAAGUUAAAUAAGUUCAACAUGUCAUCUGCAGCCCCCCCCCCCCCCAUUAGCAUGUAGCCACAUGUAGCGUCUGUUGACGUUGACUCGUCCAGCGGGUGUGAUCUAGCAUCACCCUCAGACGGGAGACAUUUGUCCUCUCAGGCAUUUUAUUCUGAAAGUGAAGAUCCUGACGUUUGAUGACAUCACAGCAGGCGGAGGAAAUGCUGGCUGCUGAUUGGUCGGUUGGAUUAUAGCAAUGUGUUUUUUUUGUAUUG